GAACUACGUGGUUCUCUGUAGAAGAAUUACUUCCGGUAAAAAUGGCGCAGGGUUCCAAGAAGUUCAAGCAGCGGCCGGGAGCGUCGAAGAAAGGGCCGCACAACAAGCAGAAAGGACCGAAGAAAGGAGGAAGGAUCAUCGCACCCAAAAAGGCUCCGUUGGUUCAGCAGCAGAAGCUGAAAAAGGGUCUGGAGGUGGCCAUCAGGAACAAGAUUGAACAAGAGGUGACUCAGAGGGCUAGCUCCUCCCUCCACAAGCCGCUGGCGGUGGUGAAAGGCGCUGAGCCCAAAGGACCCCCAGCAGCUGGCCGUCCGGGAGGCAGCUCAAAAUAAGACUGUCCUGAAGCAGCAGACAGAAUCCUGCUGACCCCCCCCCCCCCCCCCCCCCCCCCAGGAUCAGGGGCAACCUGCAGACCCCCUCAGGAUCAGAAGCAACCUGCAGACCCCCCUCAAGGGUCAGCGGAUCUUGCAGACCCCCCAGGAUCAGGAGCAACCUGCAGACCCCCCAGGAUCAGGGGCAUUCUUUGUGGCCUGAAGGAGGAUCUAUGGAGGAUCUGUGUAACAGUAAACAGCAGCUGGGGGGUCAGAUGGAGGUUCACUGUGUUUGAUUUAACAAACACCAUCGUUUUCUGGGACGAUUUGAAAAAGUCAACAAUGACUCAUCAAAAACAUCUGGAGAAGAUCGUCCAUUUGAAUCAAUAAAUAUAAUAAUGAUCAGUUUA